AUGCUCCAGCACGCGAUGGCACUGCUGCUGCAGCGACUGCUGGGCAAGUUCGUGACCUUUGACGCGAGUAUGCUCCGGCUGAGUCUGUGGCAAGGCGACCUGUCGUUCCAGGACCUGCAGCUGCGGCUGUCGUACGGCGAAGGCACUAUCAGCUACUUGAGCGUCAAGAUCCCGUGGCGCGCGCUGUGGACGCAGCCGGUGCAGAUCAAGGCACAGGGUGUCCGCGUGUGGCUCCAUCAGACGCCCACGACAAAGAGCGGCACAGGACCGCAGGAGCCUGUGGAAGAAGCAGUGGACACGAGCAUUGAAGACAGUCAGGGAGACGAUCGGACGUACUUGUCGAAGCUGGUGUCGCACAUCAUUGGUAACGUCCAGAUUGAAGUGGCGGACGUGCAAGUCCGAUACGAUUGUGAUCCGAGUUCGCUCGCGCCGCGACCGGGAAGUGGCACGUUGGUAGUUGGCUCCGUCAGUGUGAUCAACACAAGUGCAGACUGGCACCUGGAGUUUACACCGCAGUCCAAUGCGGUGACGAGAUCAAACAAGCUGCUGAAAGUUGAAGGCGUUGCAGCGUAUGUAGAGUAUAUCGACAAAAGGAGCAGGAGAGGGUCAGCUUGUGAUCAACUUCCUCCCAAGCUGCACCAAAAGUAUUUAUUCCACGAGUGGCGUAGCACGAUCAAGGCAAGUUUGUACUACCACAGCGUGAAUGCUGCGUUUCCCGAUGUAGAGUUGGAUGUGGAUGUAGGCUGUGCACCUGGUAAUGCUGCAGUAAAAUGCAGUAUAUGUGCUGCCCACAACACGUGUGGCACGAAAGACUUCGUACGGCCUGUCAACCAGCCUAGAGUGCAUUUCGGACCUGAGCACGUUGACGUUUUGUAUGCUAUUUUGAUCGAGGUGAGGGCGCCAUACGACGAGUAUGAUCGCUUGGCUGCAUUGACGCGGCAACAGACAUCACGACCUGAUGGCUUUUUGAUGGUACUUUCGUACGCAAAGCAAUGGCUGUUGACUGAUUGUCUGGAUGCUGUGGUGGGUGGAGAACCGUUCACUCUUGAGGCGGAGGAUGAAGACGAAGACAACGACGAGUUUGAGGAUGCCAUUACCCCUCCAAGUCUCUCCGUGCGUGCUCAGUUGCGGCACGGAGCAGGGCUGUUUUUUUCGGCCAGAGAAUCUGUUGCUACGGGCGACGAGGUCGUACGAAAUACGCAGUGGAUAUGGGUUCUAGGAGAGACUAUUGCAGCCGUUAAGCAGUCAUGCGUCGAAGAUGAAAUCCAGCUCAGCGUUCAGUCACUACGAAUGUAUGAGGUUGCUGAGUGCAGCAAAAGCUACAGCAUUAUUGAUCAUGCAAGUGAAAGCAGUGCAGAUAGCGACUCGACAUCUGUCGAGACGCCUAUCGUUCAAAUAUCGUGUGUCGUUCCUGCUUACCAAAGCCGCCUUGUUGGGUAUCAGCCUGUUCUGGACAUUCGGUUGGGCAGUGUUACAAUAUGCAUCAAAGAUGAGACACUGCUUGUGUGGAUGACUCUCUUUGCACCAAUGUGUUUGUGGUGGAAUCAAUGGCACUUAUCACACCCGAGUACAUCGGUCGCCUGCGACGAAGAUUUGUUUGCACCCAUCGCAUGUCUUGGGAUCCACAUGGAAAAGAUGCGCUUCGUGUUCGCUCUUCACGACCAGUUUUGCUUCGGCGCUGAGCUGAAGGCUUUGUCGGUCGAAACGUCCGAGCCUGAUCGUGAGUUUGUUCAGAGUAUCUUUCGUGCAAGGAUUUCGUUGUUCUCGGUAAGCGAAAGCCUGGCGUUGCUGCAAACCCAGACGAAUUGGAACGACGUGGAAGGUGUGCAUGAAAUCGCGACCGUGGACGACGUCUCGCUGACGACAACGAGUCAUUCGAGGGCACAUUGGUCAAUGGGUUGCUAUUCCUGCAAGCACUGCACUUUAUGCGACGGACGGCUGCAUUACGAGCAACGAGAGUUUGACAGUAAUGAGGAAACAGCCAUGUACAGUUACGAGGCUCGACUUUCCAAAGUGCGUAUCGAUUGGACGGUGUCAGAGCUUGAAGCCCUAUCUUGGGUAAUAGGAAAGUGGAGUUUCUUCAUGCCCGACAAGGCCGCUCAUGAGCUAGACCAAAGUCAUGAUCAUGCUGUCGCGAAUACGGAGGUGAGUUUGGUUUGCCAACGCAGGUGGUCCAUCCGGACUCCUGAAGUUCAACUUCGCGUAGCUGAGGAUCGGCAACAUCGGGCUACCCAAUCAUCUUUUCUGCUGUCCGUUAAGGAUGUCGAAUACCUGUCACGCGCAUGUACGACGACCUGUUCCCAAAGUAUGAGUGUGGGGUCAAUCUCGCUUCAAGAAGGUGAUAAUGCGAUCAUCCAGGUUGCCGGAAAUUUAGGAUCACGCACACCUGCUUUCCGCGCAACGUUCCAGUGUGACCGAACAAACUCGAGCGAAAGCCAAGCAGCAGGGAAGAGCGUGCAAUCAGUCUUACCAUUCGAUCGUCAAAGUACACGCGCCGUUUUCACGCUUGAGCGCUUGUACGGAGAGCUUUAUCUUCCGGACAUUGAAAUAGUCUUGGUUUGGCUGGGAGGUUUCUAUGACAGGUAUUUGCUCGGCUUCCUUCUGUCGACUAACUUGGGGUACGAAAUCGAUGAAUUUCGGCGUAAUUUGUCAAAGCUGGAUUCUCACGCUUCGUUGAAGUCGUCGGAAGACUCGUCUUAUUCGAAUGACGAGGUUUUCCUUAGUCUGGUGGUCACCCAUGGCUUGCAGCUCAAGAUCAAACACCUGGAUCAAACACCAGAUGCCACUUUCAAUUGUUUGACACCCAUUCAAACAAUUGCUCGUGUGAAGGUAUCUAGCAUGUCUGUCCAAGUCCGCGCGUCUACUACUGCUGCAUGUGGCAGAGUGGUUGAGAUCAAGGGUAGCUUGCGAAAUUUAAAGCUGACUGAUUUGACUACUCCAAGUGGACCAGUACCAGCUGGGGCGACGCUAUCGAAUCGACAAUCGAUUGGCUCGCCUGCAGAUGUUCUUGGCGGAGUUGCUGAGACAGAGUCGGUUGGCGUGAAAAAUCUCAUCGAAUUUGUGAUCAACGUUCCAGGACGUACGGACGAUAGGGUCGUGGUCCGCGUUCGCUUGGACUCAGUAUGCGUUGUAUAUCUGCACCGGAUAUUCAAGCAGUUUUAUCACUACAUUCUUGACCACGUUUUGGAGCUUCUGUUGAUACCGCUGAGUGAAAACCCGAGCCUCGAAAAGGCUAGCUUCAUUUUUGAAAGCUUCAGAGUAGACGCUGCAGCGCUGUCUGUACCAUUGGACGAGCUACUGCACAUGUAUGUCAAUGCGGUGAUGAGUGAAGUAAGCGAACAGGCUGGCGCUAAGGAAACCACCAAAAGCGAGUUGGCGAAUCUAUGCUUCGAAGUUGUUGGGAACGACCUGGUGUUUGCACUGCCGCGGAGCUCGUUUUCGGAAGAUAGUAUCGUUCUUCGCUCGACGAAUGGUCGCUUCUGGAGUAGUUGUGUCGAUCCUUCAACAUCUGAUUUCUUGCAGAAUGGUACCUUUGCCGACGAAACACGUUUUUCGGAUGGCCCAGUACACGUCGGUGAAUCCGCAGCGAAGGCUCAGCUUCGCCAGCGAACAGAGUUACGAAAUCUGAGGCGGCAAAUUAAAAACCAGCGCUCACGAUUCUUGAGCAAUAGGAGCCAGCUAUAUCUCGAUCUCCGGGGUGCCACACAACAAGCACAAAACUAUCUUCAUGAAGACUUUUUAGCUUUCCCUGCAGCUGAAAAUGCUGUGAAGAUCAUCCACAACAAGAUCGUUCAGUUGGAUCAGCAGUUGGAGCUGCUCACGCAAUACCUUGUCAAGGUAGAUGAUGCGAUCGACGAAGCAAGAGCUGAAGGAGACGCGCUUCACGGCGGAGAUCGUGACAGCCUGUCUUUCGUGGCAAGCACACCAAAGAACGGGUCACGAGCACGAUCAAAAUCAAUGGAGCAAGUGCGCGUUGAGGUUGCUAGUAUGUCCCAGCAUCUGAUGGCGCCGCUAGUCGGGGCUGAGGAUGCUGAAUUUCAUGACGCACGAGUGGCAUCCGGUUUCAACGUAGUGUCACUAAACUGCGAAGAUGUCGACAUGUCAACGUCAUCAGCAGGUCUUUUCGAAUUUGAAUUGGUUGACCUUAGCGGAACUACUCGCGAUUCCGUGCAACCUCUUUUCCAUCACUCGCUUCUGACUGGCCGCAUCGAUUUGGAACCAGAAAGCUUGUGCGACGCAACCUUGAGCACAUAUUUCGGGAUCAGUGUAUCGAUGAACGAGCUUAGUGUAGAAACUGGGCCGGGAGGAUAUACAACCUUAUUGGGAGUGAUCUACGAAAAUGUGGGGGAAGUGUCACGAGUCGUCAGAGAAGAUACGUGCUCGGCGUGCGCCACUUGUGGAGGGCUUCACGAUAGUAGCGAAUACUGUAAUGCAAAAUGGAUGAAUGUUCUCGUGAAAGUUGCCGAUGCUGCACUUCGAGUCUCGAACACUGACUAUGCGAUUGCCGAUCUGCUGUGGGAGCAGCUUGAAUUAGCGUUCACUUUGCGGACGGACGAUUCCCUGGAGGUCACGACAACGGCACUCUCCUUUACAGCGGUUGACGUGCGGCCUACGCGUUGUGAGGCGGCGUCUGAAAUUGUUCGUCCACUUGCUGGAGACGGUCCUCAAUUCGAGUACAGUCAAAAAAUGAACUGGACAGAUGUCAUUUACGACUUGAAAGUGAGGAACGCCAAUUUUCUCUGUGUCUAUCCUGCAUUCCACGACAUCGUGGCAUUUUUCGCGACUCCGCUUCUCACCGAGGGAGAAUUUCUUGACUUUGACGUCGGCUUUAUGUCGCCGCCGCCUCCAGAUUCGCAGAAGGUGGACUUCUUUGUGUCUACGACGGGGUGUUUCUUCUCGUUGUUGGAGGAUUUUGAAACGUCUGAUGCGCGUGCGUUGGUCAUCUUGACUGAUGUCGUGCUUGCAUACUCUGGGCUCCAGAAAUGUGUGGGUAUGACUGACAUGACCAAGUGCCAUCUGGAAUUUGAUCAACAUGGUAUCUAUUUUUCGCAGCUUCCUGAUCUUCAGAUCGAUGCGUCAUUCCCACUGUCGAACCCAUUUCUUCUAGUUAUCGACCACUUUGUUGAAGGCAUGACGACUCGGUCACGACGCAAUUCGUUCGUGCUAGCUCCAGUGGAAACCCGGUUUUCUGUUCAAGACGCAAAUUUAUUUAUCGAUAUUGUGAACAAUUACCUGCGGUGGAUAUCACCAUCCAGUCGCUUGGCUCCUGCAAUGGACUCGCCUAUCGGAGAACAAAGCCAAUCUAGUGGCACUUCUAGCGCUUAUAUCGUAUCGGUAACGCCACACUAUGUUGCUGAUAAGCUCCUUGGUGAUGUUGGUGAGCUGCGUUUGGUACUCGUGAACAAUAGCUUGGGGAUUCCUAUCGCUGAUUUUCAUAUGCGAGAUAUCGUGUGCGAGUAUAUUCAAGGUGAAGACUGCUCGACCACUAUGGGUACCACACUGCUUCUCAACUACUUCAACAACAGCAUUUAUCGAUGGGAGCCUCUCGUCGAACCCUUUGUUGUCCAGAUGCGCAUUCGUCGUGCGCUGGAGAAAAACAGUCUUGUCGAAGUGUUCGCGAACCUGCCGACUACUGUCAACUUUAACAUGACACCUGCUAUGGCGCCUUUGUUGUCCUCAGAAGCUUUGACUCGAGCAGAUUUCGUCACCUCUGGCUCGAAGUCGACGGCGCCAUUUUGGGUCGAGAACAAAACAGGUUUAGAGCUUACUUUUAGUUUUCGGCGCGGGACAGGGUCUAUUAUUCAACAGGUCGUCACCGACAACGGAAAAGUAUCCGUUGACUGCCGAGAGCAAGGGGAUAUGCUGAAUUUUGAUAGCGCUUCAGCCGAUCGCUUUUUGCGAGAAACUGACCGUCAGGCGUUGGCUGUAAAUCACACACUCUCUGUCUGGCUGAACGGCAACAAGUGGGUAAGUGUGAACCCUGUGGUAGUAGAUAUGGUCGGACACGUAGCCGUUCCCCUUCGUGAAACACCAGCUCAUGACAGUUUAGACGGCUUCGAGAUCGGCGAAGACGAAGAGACCAGUCCGCCAACAUUGGUUGCCGAGAUCAGUAUCCAGGCAGAUGGCAGCAAGCUGAUAAGUCUACACUCCCAAGUGGUACUGCAAAACCGAACAUCAGUACCUUUGAUGGUGUGGGCAUUUUCGCCCCGUGAAGGCGGUUGCAUUCAAGAGUGGGUCAUCGACCGUGAACAGAUUUGUCAUAUUCCUCUCCAGCUUGUCCAUCCUCUGAGUAAAAUUAGCAUCAGGCCUUCGCCAUACGUACAGUAUGCGCCUUUGACAACAAGCUUGGAAGAGUUGGGCGAUGAAGUACGGGCUGCAAAGACCGUUAACACGAAACGCUUUGUGCGCGCUGGCAACUGCGUUUGCAGCUUCGAAACGUUUUCGACGACGGACGAACUGCAGCAUGCCGCCAGUUCGCUGGAAGUAGUGUCAUCUUCUUCUCUUUCGUCGGCAGUUCCGCUGUCUGGUUACAUCGCUCGGGAUUUGCCUACUUGGAAGUGUAUGUACGAGGUAGAAGCGUACUUCUUGAUGCGUGCGACCUUUUCACGUACAGAGGAACCUCCACCUGCGGAGCAACCGGUAGGCGAUUUGUCAAAAGUUGAGGAGGAAAACGAUCAAGUAGAGGACGACUUUCUUCGCGUGUUCGGUGCGCCAGCUCAGUGCCAGCGGAUGCACCCCUUGCGAGAUGCAGGCUACGACUUGAAUGAAGCACGGUCCGCGAGUCAGCGGCGAGGGUUGUACGAAGCGACCAACUCAAGUCUCUAUUACCUCUCUGUGUCUCCAUUCCUCACGCUUCACAAUCGAUUGGCGACAGCGAUGGCGUAUCGUUUACUCAAUGGCUCCCUUCAGCUAAUUGCAGAAGGAGUGUUAGCGGUAGGCAAUGUGCUUCCGUUAUUCCAGAUUGAUUCGUCAGAGUUGCUGUUCGUAUCGUUUCGGCUGGAGAACUACAGCUGGAGUGCUCCGAAGCUGAUCAUCAACCCGAAGACGUCCACCUACUCGGUACCUUACAAAGAGACUACUGAUCCCGUGCAGUUGGUUGGCCGCACUUUUGAUCGCGAUAUUGCUGGCGAGCAGGGUAAUGUGCCAAACCUCCAACUGCAAGUGAAGCUAUCUGGGCGCGACGUCAUCGUAUUCUGUUCGAUAUGGAUCGUCAACCAUACCGAUCUCGACCUCGAGUAUUGCAAUUCGACAAGCUCGUCGUCCAAACGACUUGAGAGUGUACUCAAGUAUGUUCAUCGGCGUCCAGCAUCCGUCGCAAAGCAAAGCGAGAACUUGUUGACGCGCUCUAUGUCAUUUUGCGGCGAGGGAUCCCAUGAGAGUCAAUUGCCUGCAUGUCUGCAAAAGGUAAAGCCUUCUACCAUUCCCGUCGCCGUGGUUGUUGUUAUUCGUGAAGCAAGGGAGCUGUAUAAUGCACAGUACUUUGGAUCUCAGAGUCCUUACGUGCGGGUAUCUUUGUACGCUCUUAAGGACCCAAAAGAAAGGUAUUCGGAGAAGCCUGAGAUGAUUGCGAUUUGCUCUGCCGCUACGAAACCAAGCCCUUCUGGUGGCCUCACACCUCAAUGGAAUGAUCGCCUUCACAAUACAUUGCUACUCCGCUUUCCGCCAGAAUUAAGGACAUUAGAUUUGGCGCGUAUCAUCAUCGAGGUGCGCAAUGUACACUACGGGUUGGAUACUUGUCUUGGAGUCACGGCUGUAAAAGUUGACAGCAUUUUGAAAGACCGCAAGCGGGCUGUAGCUUUCAACUGGUACAAGUUGCUGAAGCGGAAGUCGGGGCGCGAGCAAAAGAAAUCGAAGAACGAUCUCGCGAGUACACAUCGAGGAGACAUAAGCGUCUCGUUUUCUGUUGGAAUGUCGCAUGAACUACCAGCAGACUUAGGCGUGGUGGAGAGCAUCGAGGCGGUUACUGACGACCAUGGUCCACUGCCCGUUUGUGACGAGGAAACGAUGCUACCAUAUCUCGAGAGGCAAGAGAGCGAAGAUUUUCAGCUCGAUGAUGUAUCCGUUUCUUCAGUACCAGAAAAAAAGACGAACAGCAAAUACCGGGUCCGCUUCCAUCUGCGCGUUCAGCUCGCCCAUUCCAGCGACUACAAACGCCGUCUAAGCACGACAUAA